CCAAAAGUUUAAGUAAUCAUGCGGGUUGCUAAGGAAAUAAUUUCCGAUCUAUCCCACUUCCACUUCCUCUGUACCGGUAAUAAGCCGUGAGAUUUAUUCUGUUACCUUGUGAACUGCCUGCUCGGCUGCCUAUGAGCGUGUAGUCUCGUCGUUCACUCACAGACUAUGCCACGGCGCCAAUUGUGCGGCUAUUAGAAGCGCACCAUUCUUUGCACGACAAAACUGAAGUCCGGGCAAACCUGAGGCAUACAAGUCAUGACAGUCGCGACCGAGUAACACAUUCCGGGAGACUGUGCCGCAUGUGACAGCGGAUCUGUCACGAAACACCUGGCGAAUGUUGAACAGGCAGUAAACGAUCCCGCGGAGACGCCAUACGACCCCUGCAGCGACCAGCCGUAGCUUACUCGGCGACCCCAGCGACGUCUCCAGGCGCGGUGGACGAACGCGGCGACCGCUGUCAGACCGCUCCACGCUCGCCGUCUCUGCAGUUGACCUCCACGCUCCCGCGCCGCCGUCCUAACCAUGCUGGAGGAGGUGCUUGCCCAAGGACCUGGUCGUGCCACCGGCGCUGCUGGCAACGCUGGUGGUCGCCGCCGCGUUGCUCCUGCUCUGGCCGCGUCGGCCACCGGGCGGCCCGCCGGGACCGACACCGCUGCCAAUCGUCGGCACGCUCGCCUUCGUCGGCGCUUCGACGCGUGACGCCCUCUUCGACACGCUGCGGGCGCUUCCGCGUCGCUUCGGCAGCGUCGUCGGCUUCUACGCCGGCGGGCUCUACAACGUGUACAUGGAGGGCCUGGAGCUGAGCCAAGCCGCCAUGACGCAAGAGGCGGCCAACGGCCGGUUCGCUGGCUCAGCGCAGCUGGCCGUCUCGUUCGGCCGGCGUCGCGGCGUCAUCGUCUCCGAAGGCGCGCGCUGGAGCCGCAACUCGCGCCUCGUUCGCGCCUCGCUGCACCACAUGCUCACCUCGUCCUCCGAGCUGGAGGCGAUGAUCGGCGCCGAGGUGGCCGCGCUGGUGAGCGAGCUGCGGGCGGCCCGCGGCCCGGUGCAGGUGAAGAGCCUCUUCCGUCCGCGGUACUUGAGCCUGUGCUGGCACGUCAUUACAGGCCACAGGCUGCCGGAGGCGGAGACGCGGCGCCUGACGGCACUGUUCAGUGCCGAGAUGACCGCGCUGCAGAACCCCUGGGUCGACAACCGGCUGCUGCGCACGCUCUUCCACGAGCGCAGCGGCUUCGGCGCCGUGCUGCGCUACCGCGAUGCCGUGCGCGAGAAGUUCGCGGAGGCCGUGCGCGGCGGCGGCGGCCGGCGCGAGGGCACGUUCAUCGCACGGCUUCGUGCCAGCAAGCGGGACCCACUCUGGCGGCCCGAGACGGACGAGGACUUGGUCAUGUUCUUCUUCGAUUUCCUCAACGCCGGCUGCGAGACGACAAGCGCCUUCUGCGAGUGGGCGCUCACCUACCUGCUGCGCCACCCAGACGUACAGCAGCGGCUGCGCGCCGACGGGCCGCAUGCGCACCUGGCGCGAGCCUUCGAGGCCGAGGUACUGCGCCGCUCGUCGCUGACACCGGCCGGCGUGCCGCACCGGAGCCUGGCCGAGUUCCUGGUGGGCGGCUACCGCGUGCCGUCCGGCGCCGUGCUGCGCUACGACAUCGUCGGCACGCAGUGGAACGAGCAGCUAUGGCACGAACCGGACCGCUUCAGGCCGGAGCGUUUCUUGCGCAACGGUGUGUUCGCUUCCAGCGAGAACCUGGUGCCGUAUGGGAUCGGCCUGCGUCGCUGCACCGGCGAGGAGUACGCCCAGGCGUACCACUUCCUGAUGAUGGGCGGCCUGCUGCGCGAGUUCACCGUCGCGCUGCCGCCCGGCCGGCUGCCGCCCACGGAGGAGGCCACCAUGGGCCUCACGCGCAACUGCCUGCCGUUCGAGGCGGUCUUCACCUCACUGCCGCAGUCCUCGGCUUGA